CGCACGCUAAUUAACAACUGGUGUUUCUGCCACAGUUUCAUUUUGACUGGACUGUCCCAGUAAAGAAUCGGCCAUGAGUUGUUUCGGGUACCGCCGAGAGCUGAGUAAGUACGAGGACGUGGACGAGGACGAGCUUCUGGCUUCGCUCAGCCCAGAGGAGUUGGCCGAGUUGGAAAAAGAGUUGGCAGACAUUGAUCCUGACGCCAACGUGCCAAUAGGCCUCAGACAGAGAGAUCAGACGGACAAAACUCCCACAGGCACUUUCAGCAGAGAGGCCCUGAUGAAGUACUGGGAGAACGAGACUCAGAGACUGCUGGAGAACGAGAUAACUGGAGGAGGAAGCCCCAAACUGGAUGAAGAGGAAGAGGAGACACAAGGAGACAGUGAAGAGGAGGAUGAAAAAAAGGACGAGAACGAGAAAGAGCAGAAAAAGUACGAACAUUUAACGGAGAAAGAUGGGAAUGAAAAGGAGGGCAGUGAUGAAGAAGAAGAAGAAGAGGAGAGCGAAGAAGAGGAGGAAGCUGUAACUGAAGAGGAAGAUGAUGAAGAGGAGGAAGAGGAGGAGAAUGACAAUAAAUCCCAGCCUGAACCCAUGAAUGAUCCGAGUCUGCUCAAAGCUCACACCAACAACCCAACAUUACUGAAGCCUCAGAGGGCGGAGCCUAUUCGGCUCUCUCCACCCCCUCCUCCUCCACCUCCUCCUCCUCCACCCGUUGACCCGAAUGCAACUGGAAACCCAACUGUUGUUGACGACGCUCUGCAGAAAGUCCUCAGCAAUGACCCGGAAGUCACUGAGGUUAAUCUGAACAACAUUGAUGACAUCUCACAGGAAACCCUCAUUCGAUUUGCUGAAGCGCUAAGACCCAACAGCCAUGUACGAGUGUUCAGUCUUGCAAACACUCGGGCCGAUGACCACGUAGCUCUGGCCAUUGCUAAGAUGCUGAAGGAGAACUCGUCCAUCAUCAGUCUGAAUAUAGAGUCCAACUAUGUGAGUGGAAAGGGUGUGAUGGCGUUGGUUCAAGCACUUCCAGGGAACAACACCUUGACUGAGCUUCGGUUCCACAACCAGAGACACAUGUGUGGAGGACAGGUGGAAAUGGAGAUGGUGAAGAUUCUGAGGGAAAACUAUACUUUGAUCAAACUGGGUUACCAAUUCAACCUCCCUGGUCCCAGAAUGAGCAUGACCGGGAUCCUGACCAGGAACCAAGACCGCCAGAGACAGAAACGGCUGCAGGAGCAGAGGCAGCUACUGCAGGGGGGGCAAGACGGACCCGUGAACCCUCGAACAUCUUCACUGAAAGGAACACUUAGUUCAUCACCGUACACUUCCCCUUGGUCCUCACCCAAGCUGCCACGAAAUGACCCGGCUAGAAAACAAACUCCCCCAGCGCCACCUCCUCCUCCUCCACCCCCACCACCUCCUCCUCCCCCGGCACCGUCUUUCCCACAGCAAGAGAAGAAGAAGCCCACGAGGAUGAUUGCAGAGGUCAUCAAGGCCCAUGAGGGCAGCAAAAAGGUGACCAAAACAAAAGGGAAGAAGGCCAAGAAGGGGAAAGGGACGAGUAAAGAUGAGACGAGCAGCAUCCUGAAGGAGUUAAAGAAUGCCUUGAGGCCCAUGGCUGCGGACAGAAGAGGGGAGGAGGGCAGCAGGCCAUCCACCCCCAUGAGGUCUGCCCACGAUCAGCUGAUGGAGUCAAUCCGCACCAGCAGCGUCCGCAACCUGAGACGGGUGGAGGUUCCACAUCAUCUUCGAUAAGCCAAACAAAGAGAUCGACGAUGGAGUGAAGCAUGAACA